AUGUCUCUCGAUCAAAGAAUCCAAAUCUGGCUCGGCAAUAUCCAACAAUCCAUCGAAGACCCGUUGCCUACUCCCGAACUGUACCGCAAUGUCCCGUCUAAUCCCAUGAAACGCCGUCGAGUCGAUUCACCACCUCGCGAGGCCAGAAGAACUCUCGAACUACAGCCCGACGAUCCGGGAUACAAUCCCAACAAGACAUGCCCCCAGUACCCUCCCCACAUUGAAAAGACCUUGAUCGACAUGAUCAGGAGCACUUCGUACCGGGCCCCCAAGAAACGAGCAACCUCCAACAACCGAGUGUCCUCCGAGUCGCAACAGCAAUACUGUAGCGUUACUAGCCACGCUACAGGGAAGGUCGAACGGUGGCCCAUCAAAAGAAGAGUCGACCCAGUUCUCGAGCCCGCUACAACGCCAUCCCGUGUAUCCUCUGCGCCGACAUGGGAACACCUACUCCAACGAGAAGUAAAGGUCGAGCCGGACACUGAACCUGUGUCAUGGCCAGAAGUAAAACUCGAGCCCGUCACCGAACCUAUACCUAUGCAAUUACCACCAAGAACAAAAGUCGAUCCCAAUAUUCAGCCCCGACCGUCGCCAUUAACGAUCCUCCUCAAACGCAUCAACGACAUCUACGCCGGACGCGGUAUUCUCUCCUCAGACUUCCGACCCAUCAUGAAUGCCACGGGCCCAAUACCUUCAUACAGAGACAUGGCUUGGGCGCGAGGCGGUCAUGAGAGCGAUGUGCACUACUGCACUCAGCGCCAUAAAUUAGGCGAUGCACCUGGUCCCGGAAGUGUUGAAGAGGUCAUGUACCAGACUUCUUUCUGCACCAGAGUUGACGCUCUGCCGAACGAGUGGAAUAUGGAGGUUGUUCAGAAGGUUCUUGAGCUUUCGUUCAGGAAUGAACAUACCUGCAGGAGGCCACAACUUGUCGAUUUUAGAUGCAGUGCCGACGGUGUUAUCAUUACAGAGUACCAUACGGAUCUCGACACCCCGCAACCCCCCGAUUUCUGCGUCUACAUAGACCCAACCUGCGACAGGAUGCCGACUGCCAUCAUGGGCCUCGAGAGGAAGUUCUACAGAAACAUCUUCAACCACAUCGACCUGAGAUCUCUUCAACAGCAGCGACCGAUAGCGUUCCACAUCCACACUCUCCCGCAGAACACAAAUCUCGAGCUCCAGCGCGUACGGACCUCCUUCACCGCACAUUGGGGUUUUCUCAAACGCCUGGUGCGAUUGAGAGAGAGGGCUGAUAGCAGAUGGCCGAAUUGGUCUUUUAUAGACGACUCAACAUAUGACCUUCCCGAGUUCCUCCCGGGGAUCAUCAUCUACAAACAUAACUGGUUCCUCAGCGUUUCAAAAGCCGAUGGGGAAAAUGCACGGUUCUACGGAAUCGGCGAUACAGCGAGCUCGAUGGGUGUUUACAAGAUCGUGUAUGCGCUGCAGAUUCUGCAGAAUUGGGCCAAGACGGUGUAUUGGCCUUGGAUGCGGAAGCUUGUGUUGUUGUGGCCUUUGGAUGAGUUUGGGGGGGCGAGAUGA